AAAUGCGAACUAAAAUGCGAAACUCCAAGCAAAGGCAAUGACAAAUAUUUCAUAAAAAUCCAUGUUUAAAGCUGACUAGGCUUACAUCAUUUUAGAUGGAUGUGAAUGAGGAUGGAUUUAGGUCAGUGUACAAGCCGUUCAAGCUUAAAGGGCAGUCGUUCCCGCCUGCUUUUACUGUACUGCAAUGCCUGGAUCAUGGAGGCCCAACACAACAACAACAGUUAUGUGUAAGCUCUUGUAGUUUCUGUAUUCACGACGAUACUUGCCUUUUAACUCAGAAAACAUUUCCAGGCAGUACCAAUAGGCUAUUACAAGCUGGUUUUGUUCAAAUAUGGGAUCUUUUAUCCGAUGAAAACUAUGACGAAGAUAGUGUGUUUACAUAUUCUCCGGUACCYGAGUUUUCCGUGUCGCCUGAUGGCCGUAUGAUCACUUCWAUACUAAACAGCGGCCAGGGGAUGUUAUACAUGGUGGAACGUGUCUUAGAAGACGAUUAYCCAUACCUUGAACCUUGCAAAUUCAAAUGUUUGUCGUCGAUUGGAGUUGAAAACAUGAAUGGAAGGCCGUGUUGUUGUGUUUUUUCACCUGAUGGCUGUGUCGCAGUCACUGUGAGYAAAGUGCCCACUGCAUUCGGACARAUACACGAUCUAUAUACAUGGCGAGUUGACAUGCCCUGUAGAACACUGUACAAARCAUCUAAAAGGGUUUGUGAGCAGUUUYUAAAUAGCUUCUCUGGSCAGAUACACAAUUGUACAUUUUCACCAGACGGUGCUCUGUUUGCACUAACAACAACUCAAAGUCAGGUAUUUAUYAUUAAGACRCAUARCCUUGAGGUUUAUUCAGCAUUACAUAGUGAUUCCUCACAAAACWCUGUUURCUUGUGUGCAUUUCACCCUGACGCAAGGCUUUCRGUAUGUACACCUGGAGGUGUAUUUAGGGUGUGGYUACUGUAUCCUGGGCAACCUYAUUGUUYUCUYGAAAAKAAGAUYGUAACAAGUCCAUGUGAGGUUGUAGUCAUGAAAUACAGUCAGGAUUACAGUCUAGUAGCAUUUGGGACAACAAUGGGACAGGUCAUUGUAUACGACACUGAAGUUUAUCAGUAUCUAUAUACUAUUAGCUGUAGUAAURGGGAUAMCCCUUUACAAACUUGCUCAGUUGCAUUUUCUAAGUCAUGUAAUGAAAUAGCUAUUGGUUAUAACGAUAGUUGUCUUAGGAUUUGGCAAUUACCUGUUAAAAUGGACUUGCAGCAUUUCUGUCGUAUGGAAAUUCUUAGUUUGGUUCCUGAAACCAUGAUCUGUAAGCUGCCACUACCAGAGUCUUUGAAGGCUUAUCUUACAUUUAARACCACCUUUAAAUCUGACGACUGCUAUUGACAGUUGAGUUCCAAGCCAACACACAUCUUCUGUAAUAGGAGAAACAUUUGUUAUUAGCAGGGUAACAGAUUUUAUAAAUUUAUAUUUUCCAGUCAUUUUUAAAACAACUUUGACAGUCAGUUGGCAUAAAUGUGAGACUGAUAGAAAUAAUUAUUCAUGGUAGACUAACAGCAAUAUUUACUGUGUAAACUUGUAGUCUCCCUUUAAUUUCUCAACAC